AUUGUUUUUAGUAGUGGAUGUGUAUUCGAAAACUUUUAGGUUCAUUUAUAUUGUUUGUAUUUGUAUGUAAUAAGGUAUUGUUUGACACAAUGGCAACUGAAGCUGUUCGGAGGGCUGUUCAAAUUAUUCGUAAUGACAAUAAUUCAAUUAGCCUCGACGUAAAUGCCCUCCAAAAUAUUCUUUUGAGGGACGAAAUAAGGAAUAAAAAAAUCUGUGUCCUUUCAAUAACGGGAACUUUCAGACAAGGCAAAUCUUUCUUAUUAAACUUUUUUUUGAGAUAUCUGAAACUAAAGCAUGGGAGUUCUCCACUUGAUCCCAAUUCUGAUUGGUUGGAUCCCAUACAUGGGUCACAUUUGUCGGAUUUUUUGUGGGAUCAUGGGUCUAAUGCUCAUACCAAUGGUAUUUUAAUGUGGCCAGAGAUUUUUACUAUUUAUAAACCCUCGUCAAAUGAAGAGAUUGCGGUUGUUUUGCUCGAUACUCAAGGCUCAUACGACAAUCAAACAACCGUAGAAAAUUCGGCAACGAUUUUUGCUCUUAGUACAAUGAUAAGUUCCGUACAAAUUUAUAACGUGAUGCGCAAUUUGAAUCAAAACGACUUGGAGUCUGUGGAGAUGUUUGGCCAAUAUGGGAGAUUACUCACAAAUGAUGAUUGCCCGUUUCAAGAUCUUUGGAUUUUAGUCCGAGAUUGGCUUGCACCCUACGAAAGGCCAUUUGGUAUUCCAGGGGGUGAGUCUUUGCUUCAAGACAGGCUUUACGGUCAACAUGAUGCGCUUCCCGACGAAAUAAAUGAGCAAAGAAAUAAUGUGCGCAAUUUAUUUCAAACAAUUAAUUGCUCCCUGUUACCAUUUCCUGGAGAGCGGGUAGCGGCCGAUCAUACUUUUAACGGAGAUCUAAAUGAAAUUAAUGACAAUUUUAAGCGAUACGUUAAGCAACUAGUUGAACGCAUUUUUGAACCAGAAAACCUGGUAAUAAAACGCUUUAACGGAGAAGAGAUCACCGCCAAUGAUUUAUUUCAAUGUUUUGGCACGUAUACUGAAAUACUUGGGGAUGGUUUACCACAUGUUGAAACAAGACUAGCGGCGACAAUAAAUAAUCAACAUAACGACGCUGUUGAAAGUUCUUUUGAACUAUAUGAUCGACAAAUGCAUCAUAAUUUUUCCUCAAUUUUAUUACUUAAUAAUCACCACGAAUCUUGUAAAACAAGAGCACUUGACAAUUAUCAUAAUACUAGAUUAUUAGGAAGCAGUCUCGUGUAUGAUAGAUACGAACAAAGGCUUAUCAGGAAAAUGGACGAACGGUUUUCGAUUUACAGGGAAAGAUUCGAUUUUGAUAGAGAUCGCCAACUUGAACGUGAACGACGAAGAAAUCAACAAGUGAGUCUUCAGCAGUUCAGACCAUCACAGUCUUCGAGCCUCGUUUCACGAGAAUCCCUUUCAACAGAAACGAUAAUUCUUCAAUCCUUGCGUAUUGCAACAGGACUUGCGGCAAUUGGUUUUGGCAUUUAUGAAAUAAUUCGUCAAUCAUCUAGAGAUACAGGAAAUUCUAAUACAAAUAAUUCUUCUUCCACAAGGCGGUACUCAACUGAUGACUCUGAUUCUACAUAAUCUACUAAAACCGAUCUUUGUUAAUAUUUUGUAUCUUAUUACUUUUUUGGUAGUUAAAUAACUUGCACCAGUGUCGGCCACUUUAAAUAAAAAAAUAAGCAGAAA